CGCCUUCCGCCGCCGAUGACCACCGCGAAGAAGCUUCGGCACCGCCUCUCGGAGAUUUUCUUCCCCGACGAUCCACUCCAUAAGUUUAAGGAUCAGACGGCGUCUAGAAAGUUCAUUUUAGGCCUUCAGUUUUUCCUCCCCAUUUUACAAUGGGCGCCACAUUAUACUCUCAAGCUGCUCAAAUCCGACGUCGUUUCCGGCCUCACGAUUGCCAGCCUCGCAAUUCCGCAGGGUAUUAGCUAUGCAAAGUUGGCGAAUCUUCCACCAAUAAUCGGACUCUAUUCAAGUUUUGUACCUCCAUUGAUAUACUCUGUUCUCGGGAGUUCUAGACAUCUCGCGGUGGGCCCUGUCUCGAUUGCGUCUCUUGUAAUGGGAACAAUGCUCCACGAAGCUGCCUCCCCGGAAGAGCAACCGGCUCUCUACCUUCAGCUAGCUUUCACAGCAACAUUCUUCGCAGGGCUGUUCCAGGCUUCGUUAGGCUUUCUAAGAUUAGGAUUUGUCAUCGACUUUUUGUCAAAGGCAACUCUAGUCGGAUUUAUGGCUGGUGCUGCAGUCAUUGUUGCGUUGCAACAGCUGAAAGGCCUCCUUGGGAUAGUUCAUUUCACGAGCAAGAUGCAAAUGAACGCAGUUUUAUCUUCUGUCUUUACUCAUAAAGAUGAGUGGUCAUGGCAGACAAUAGUCAUGGGAGUCUGUUUUCUGAUUGUAUUACUUGUCACCAGGCAUAUUAGCAUGAGAAAUCCGAAACUGUUUUGGAUUUCAGCAGCUGCACCAUUAACAUCAGUUAUUCUGUCUACUGCUCUAGUAGCAUGCCUCAAAUCAAAGCUUCCUGACAUCCAAACUAUAGGGAAAUUGCCCAAGGGUGUAAAUCCGGCAUCAGUCAACAUGUUGUUCUUCAGCGGGCGUUAUAUAGGCCUUGCAAUCAAAACUGGUCUCAUCACCGGCAUACUUUCUCUAACAGAAGGGAUUGCAGUCGGAAGGACAUUUGCAACGCUAAAAAACUACCAAGUCGAUGGAAACAAAGAAAUGAUGGCCAUUGGCCUAAUGAACAUGUCUGGUUCUUGCGCUUCGUGUUAUGUCACCACAGGAUCAUUUUCGCGUUCAGCAGUGAACUACAAUGCUGGAGCACAGACUGUGGUGUCGAACAUUGUGAUGGCUGCAACUGUGCUGAUAACUCUGCUGUUUCUGAUGCCACUGUUUCGUUACACCCCAAACCUGAUCCUUGCAGCAAUCAUCAUAACCGCUGUGAUUGGCCUAAUUGACUACAAAGGCGCCUAUGAGCUUUGGAAAGUAGACAAACUUGAUUUCUUGGCUGCAAUGUGCUCAUUUUUUGGAGUUCUGUUCAUCUCAGUGCCUCUUGGCCUUGCUAUAGCAGUUGGGAUAUCGGUGUUCAAGAUUCUGCUGCAUGUCACUAGGCCUAACACAGUGCCUUUAGGCAACAUUCCAGGGACUCGAGUGUAUCAGAGCCUCUACAGAUACAAAGAGGCCAUGAGGAUCCCGUCAUUUUUCAUCCUCGCAGUGGAGGCGCCUAUCUACUUCGCCAAUUCUACCUACUUGCAAGAACGGAUUUUGAGAUGGAUUCGUGAAGAGGAAGAAUGGCUGGCAUCAAACAGCAGCAACAACUUGAAAUGUGUGAUUCUUGAUAUGACCGCCGUGACAGGAAUAGACACGAGUGGGAUUGAUCUGAUCACAGAGCUCCGGAGGGUACUCAAUCAACGAUCACUCAAACUCGUGCUGGUGAACCCGGUCGGAAGUGUGAUGGAGAAACUGCACCUUUCCAAUAUCUUGGACUCGCUCGGGUUGGAAGGGCUCUAUUUAACGGUUGGGGAAGCGGUUGCGGACAUUUCUUCUUCAUGGAAGGCUCGACCUUGAAAAAUGAUCACUGUGAUUUAAAAUCUGUGUUUGCUUCAG